GCCAUCAUCAUUUUCGAGCAUUCGUGUCGUGAAGAAGAAGUGGAAACGCUGCGCUUUCUCGAAAUAUCGCUCUUGGCUUAUUACGAGGCCUCUUUUCCUUUUCGCAUUUUAGGGAGCACAAAAUUGAGUCCGAAGUGUGAUCAUUAUUCGCGACGGUGGGAGCUUUAGCUCUUUUUCUGAUCCCUUGUUUUCCUGGAUAGUAAGAAAACUAAAAAAAACAGUGUGCAAAGUGAAGUUUGAAAGUUUUUGGUGAAGUCGCGAGCAAAACGCGAUUUUGGUGAUUUACGGUAAGAGGGAAUUUCAGUGUGUGGUGAAUCGAAGAGGGCAAAAGUGGAAACCUAUCGCCUGCUUGGAUUAUUGGACGUAAAACCUAUUGAAAUCGGCCACUUCCGGUCGCGAAAAGUUGUCCAAUCGCGAGUUUGACCAUCAGACCGUCGUUUUGCAGACUUUUUGCGCAGUUUGGAACGCGUUUCGGUGCGUAAAAAUCGAACGGGAAUUUUUCAUUCGUGUGGCCCUCUUUUUUUCUGGUGGCUGACGACGACGUCGCUUGUCGUUGUUUUUGUUGGAGAGACAUCUUGGGAAAGUGUAUAGUAGGAAAAAGAAGCUAGCAGUGGCCAGAAGAGCAGACAAGAGCUGUGAAGAGUGUAGUGCUCCUAUACGCGGACGGAUUAUUCGCUCCCGGAGACCCCCGGAGCAGCAGCCGGAACAACGAAUCCCUCUUGCGAGCAGGUGGUAACCCACUCCGGGAUUUAAGCGGGAUAAUAUUUUGAUUUCCAAGUUUUUCGUCGAAAUCAAAUUUUUCCAUCCCGAAGAAAACGCCUGAAUUUUUAGGGUCGAUAUUUUUUCGCUUGAGCAAGAGUGAGUGAGAGGCGUCAUCGCCUUCGUUUUCGGGAUUUUGUUGGACCAGAGUCGUGUGAGCAAGAACAGUUCCGUUCGUUUGUGGAAGCGAGAGGGGGUGUUAGGGAGAGCGCGGAAAAGAGAGGGAAAACGAAGAAACGGGGAGUGUGUGAAGACAAGCAAGCAUCAGGAAGAGAAGAGUAGUGGUGUGAGAGGUAGCAGAACAGUAGUGCGGGUAAACGCUAGAGACUCGAAGCGAAUGAGCAGUGUAGCCAAGUAAAGCCCUCCACCAAACGUGCCAGGGCGGUGAAAGACGCAGAGAGGGAAUAUAUUUUUCAAGUGAAGUGAAAAUACAUAGUCAAAGCGUUGUCUACACAAACACGGGUCGACGACGACAGGCUACGGCAGCGGUGCCCGCGAGUGUACCGUGCGGAAUAAUAAUAUCACUAGUGGCAGUGCAUAAGGAACACAAGUUGAAACCGGAGGAAGAAUAAGAAAACCAGACCAGCUAGAAGAAACCCCAGAGCGUGUACGAGAAGUGUGGUGCCGCGAAAUGUCGCUUCCGAUAAACUCACUGUACUCACUAACGUGGGGCGACUAUGGGACAUCGCUAGUGUCGGCCGUCCAGCUGCUCCGGUGCCACGGAGAUCUGGUCGAUGUUACGUUGGCCGCCGGUGGCCGAAGCUUCCCGGCGCACAAGAUUGUGCUCUGUGCGGCCAGUCCCUUUCUGCUGGAUUUGCUAAAGAACACACCAUGCAAGCAUCCAGUGGUCAUGUUGGCCGGCGUCAAUGCCAACGAUCUGGAAGCACUGUUGGAGUUUGUGUAUCGAGGCGAGGUGAGUGUUGACCACUCUCAGCUACCCUCACUUCUGCAGGCGGCCCACUGCCUCAACAUCCAAGGACUGGCCCCGCAGACAGUGUCCCACAAGGAUGACAACACAACGUACACCACGUCGAUCCAGUUGCAUCCGACGUUGGUUCCGCAGCAUCAGGCCGUCAAGGCCGUCAUCGACGUUGGAAACAAUGUUUGCACCGAAGAUCUCAUCACAACGCUGACCCCCACGCAAACCGUCCAGGCCCAAGUUAUCGAGACCAUCACACCGGAUCAGAUGAGCGACGAAGUCACCAAGGAUGUCAUCAGCCAGUUCUUGCCUACCCGUAAGCGCAAGCAGCGCGUGAAGAAACCAUCGCAAUCCCAGGGAACCAAUGCUACCGGCGUCGUACAACAGGCAACCGCUACCGUCUCUGCUGGAGGAACCCAAGCGGCCAAAGUAUUGAAAACGGACGAAGAAGGCACCAUCCAAACGAUCAUCGUAAACAGCGCAGAAGAAGCCGCCAAUGUUGUAAAGGAUAUCAAAAAGGAAGCCCAGGUGGUUGAUGGAACUGCAGUUAUCGACACAAAGGACGGCAUUAUCAAGAUCAAGAACAAAUCUCAAUCGGAACAACCAGCCACUUGCCCCAUCUGUCAGGCCGUUAUCCGUCAGUCUCGUAACUUGCGUCGCCAUUUGGAACUGAGGCAUUUCAAGAAACCCGGCAUGAAGAAGGAACGCGUCAAGAAGAGUAAGCAAGGCAACGCAAACGGACAGGCAAACACCAGCGGCACGUCAGGUAAUGGAACAACGUCUGCGGACCAACAGCAGGUACAGGUACAGCAGCAAGCCCAACAGCAGACCACUAUUGAAACGGCAGGAACGAUAUCGGUUACGGUUUCCCAGGCACAGGCACAACAAUUGGAACAGGCAGCGGCAAACGGACAACAGCACGUGGUCACGCAGCAUGAGAAUGCCGACGGAACGACUUCGCUCUCGAUUGCCCAGGUACAGACGUUGGAUGGACACCAGCUAGCGAUCGGAAACUUGAACCAGGCCACUCUCAUCCGUACCAGCGAAUCAAUUGAAGCCGGCAUCAUAGCGACACACGAACCGACGCUGCGCCCCCACACGGAACUGUUCCGCGUCGGCAACACCGUCUACACGAUAGAGGAACGUCGGCCGGAUCAGCCGAAUCGUUUGACUUAGAACGAUGACGAUGACGUCGACAACGGAGGCGACGUGUACGAAAUAGUGGAGGGAGUCGAUUACGAUUGCAUCAUCGAUAGUGGCGUGGAUGUGGAGAUCGAGGAGGAAACCGGCGAAGGCAUCGUCGUAGAAGACGAAGAGGAAGUAGUUAUGGAUGGCGGCGUUGGCACGGCAUCCGGUGUCGAUGCCAGCGGCGUUAUUUUCGAUACCACUAACGAUGGCGGGGAAGGAGACCUGGACAAUGACGACCAACCGCAACAUCACCAGGUGGGUACUCAAACGGGGGAAACGACCGUCGUUACCGUAACUUCGGCAUCGGCGGUGGCAGCAAACAAUCGUAAUGCGAUUACCAUCACUAGAACCAGCAGCAACAAUGGUGGUAACGGCAGCAACAGCAACACUAGGGGUAACAACACCACCGAUGGUGACAUGGCGUCGUCCUAUAAGCACUUUUUAAUUCUCUAAUUUAUUGAAUGCAGUUGAUGGUCAACUCUUGAGUAGAAGCCCUCUGUUGACCAAGUGGUUUCUACUUUUGCACCACCCAAAAGUAGAAACCAUUUACCCCUUACCUUCUACGUUUUUAUGACCGAUCUAGCAACUUAAGGAGUAUCAAGUUUACGUUAAAGCAACACGUAUUAGGAAGAGGAUAGUGUUUUGUUUAGUCACAGGAUCAAAUGCUUAUCGUGAGUUAGACUUGGCAGUCUUAAAAAUUAGGGUAAAACAAAGAUGAAAGGAUACAGAACGUUUUUUUUAGUAAAAUUUUAGCGAAUCGGCGCCCAAGGAGUAAAGUUAUUCAAUUUCACGAAGCACACCUAACGACAAGCACAGGUUAGGCUCUAUCUCUCAUAUAAUUAUUACAUAUUUUUAAACGAAAAAAAAAUCAAACAACCUAGAUGAAGGAUUCAUAUUAAACGUAAAACACAAACCAGCACACUUAUAGACACUCGGCAUAUUUUAUCGCUUUGUAAAUAGCAGCUUGCAUUAAGAUAGGGAGACAGCCACCAACGCGAUUAUAAAUAUUGAUGAUAAAACUCGGUUACAUUCUCCCGCCCCCAAACGGGCGGCUAGACACAGGAUACAAUGAGGUUAUUGUAUAGAUCGAUUUUAGGCAGCACUUUCAGGCAGAACUUGAUCCGGUUUGAAAAAGCAUUUCGUGAUCCAGUUAAGGACUCUUGGUAUCAGAUUACUACUAUCGACAGGCAGUUUCAUCGUGAUGGAACAUUUACAUAGUGUUUGUAGCCAUUUGCAACAGAAAAAUAUAAUUAUUCAUUCAUUCAUUUAUUGGUAUUUCAUUGUUCUGAAUGCUACUACCUCCAGUAAUUUGCUCAAAAACUUUUGAAUUUCUUUUCAAAGACUAGGAUUCACUCCACUUACUUAUAUGUUCCUGCAGGAAAUAAGGUUAUCUUCUUCUUCUUGGCAUUAACGUCCUCACUGGGACAGAGCCUGCUUCUCAGCUUAGUGUUCUUAUGAGCACUUUCACAGUUAUUAACUGAGAGCAUUCCAGACACCUUCAGCAUGGCUUUGCUUUGUAGCCGCGGACUCUAACCAUUCGGCUAAGGAAGGCACCUGAUCUAAGGUUAUCUCCAUUCGGAAGUUUUGAGUCGAUGAGUCGAUAUUAACUCAGCAGAUUAGAAACCAUAUUCAAUCGACCUUGAGAGGGGGCUUGACGGUGCUACUAGUCAACCAGCUAGGUAUCCGCACCGUCCGCCAGGUAUCUCUUGGAACGCUUUGAAUUAUAUCCUUUUUGAUUUGCUCUUUUAAUUGACCUAGUAUUCCAACGAAUAGAAUGGGAAAUAUUGGAUUGUAUGAGGCAUCGUAUGACGAAUCAUGAAGAUUCCAGGCUCACGAUUUGGUCGUGAUGUUUUGCGCUCCACAGUGCGAUUAGAAUUACUUCUUACCAGCACAACACACAUAGUAGUAGUAGGUCUUUCUAUUUUAACGGAUGUUUUCUAAAGUCACUAUUUUAACUAAAAUGGUCACUAUUUUCCUUAUUCUGCUGGCAGUUAAUCCUGCUGAAAAAUUUUAGCUAUUUCACAGGUUUUUCAGAAAUUUAUUUUCCGAUUCCUCGAGGAAAAGCUUCAGGAAUACUGCUAGUGAUUUCUUUAUAGAUUUCUUCUGACUUCUCCAGAGAUCUCUCCGAAAUCCUCUAAUGAUUCCUCCACCAAUUCUUCCAGCUGUGUUUUAUGGGGUGCUUAGAGGAAUUUCUUAAGGGUUUUUUCUUAAGAAGAUCAGAUUAAUUUCAGUAAUUCCUCCAAUCAUUCCUACAUACAUAUCUUAAGGGAUUUCGUCCGAUAAUGUUCAAGAAAUAUUAUCAGAGAUGCUAUCUAAAGAUGUUAUUGGUUAUUUUUUCAGUUAUCUUACCACCAACUUGUCUAGGUAACUAUCCAAGAUUUCCUCAAGAGUCCAGGAUUUUUUUCAGAAGACCUUGUGUGCGUUAAUCAAGAGUUACUUGAGCAAUUAAUGUAGUGACAUCAGAUGUUACCUUCCGAUUUCCUCUAUCUUUAGGAAACACCUCCCGGAUUUAAAUAAAAAUCUCCAAAAAUUUCUGACAUAAUUCUUGACAUUUUCCUGGAGAUGUCCCUGGAAAAAACAUAUCAAAGAAUUCAACGAAAAAUUUGUGCUUAAUCUGCGCGGCAUGUGAGGUGAGACGAGUCGAAUGAGGUGACAAUUUUCUCCUCGCUCCCAUUUGAUUAACAUUAGUUGGCUCACGUCACUCGAGGUGAGAGCGACGCGUCUCGACUCACACGCUGCGUAGAAUAAGCACAAUUAAACAAAAAUCUGAAGAAAUCUUAGGAGUAAUCUCUGGAGUAUUUCCUAAAGGUAUUCUUAGAUAAAUUCUGAUUGAAAUCAAAGAAAUCUUGAAUAACAAUAUUGUAAGAAAUCCUUCGAAAAAAUACCGUUUAAAUUCCAGAAGAUGUUCUACACGAGAAUCUUGGCGGGAAUUCCAGAGAAAACAAGGGUAGGAAUUUCUUAAAGAAUCUCUGAUGUAACUAGCCUUGGAAAAAUAUUCUUAGGGCUGAUUUCUUCACCUUCGCUUAAGCCGUAAACCACGUUUACCUAUAUGAUUAAACUAGGUUUAAGGCCUAAACGAGGGUGAAGAAAUUGGCCCUUAGAGAAAUGUUUUGUAAGAUUCUCUGAAAAAUAAACAUCUUAUUCCCUUGUUCCUUUUUUUUUUCUUGGUACCUAUUUGAUCCUCUUUUGGUUUCUAUUAAGUCUGUUUUUCAAGCAAGAGGUCACUAUAGUUUCUAUUUUCAAGAAACUUAGUUAAUAUCAGUCCUGCUUUAUUUGAAAGUCUGGGAUUUGUUGGAAUACUCUUGACUCUACGGGGUUUCUAAUUCACUCUUGUUAGAUUCUGUUUUUUUUUUUUUAACAAUAAGGCGCAAUCUCGGCCGGAUUUCUGGCAGAAUCCUUAGUUGAUCCUUGGCUAAGAGAUCGCAGUAGGCGUUGCCGCGAACGGUCGUGUUUUGUUUUGCUUGCCACACUUUUUUCGUGCUCUAGUUUUUCGCGAUUUUGCCGAUGAUUUGGUUGGUGCUACGCCAUCCGGAUUGUAGUUCGGAUGUUAAUAUUGAAAAAACCUCGAUAUCUAAUAGUGAAAAGAAAAAAAACCAGCGCGUUCCGUGCGAUCAAAGACUUCUUUAAUGUGAUGUUUUAUGACCGGUUCUAAUUGGCUUUGCUAAUGAAUUUCCACGUGAUUUUGUUGUUGUUGCUGUGUUUGUAUUUUGACUGACAAGCCACCAGAUUUUUUUGACAAUGAAAAAAAAAACAUUAUUGUAAUAAUUGUGAAAAAUGCGUGAAAGAAGAAGUAAAAAAUGUGGUCUAGAAAUGACAAGUGGUAUGUGCGUCACAAGAAGAAUAAAAUGCAUACCAAAUUAGUUACAGAUUUGAUGUGAUGACAACGCCGCCUUGGAUGAAUUUUGGUGAGAUUGUUCUGAUUAUAUAAUUAUCUGUAAUUGAACAGUAAAUACGCGCCAGUUCCAAAGUAACCAUCUUUGAAACAGGAAGUAUGUAUGCAUUAUCAUUAUCCAUUUGAUAACGGUAAUGUAUACAUGCGGGGCUUGUUGUUAGUGAAAGUGACUUCUGAAUGGACGUGUCUCUCCAGCCAUUCUGAAAUGGGUCACCGGAUCUGCAAUAGAGCUAUCACCUUCUAACUCCCGGACUGAAGCUUUUUGCAAAAAUGCAGUACCAAAGCAGUUUUGCUGAAAACUUUUUUCCAUAAUACCACUGCCGGACAGUGGGGGUUAGAUGGAUCACACACACACACACACACACAAUCCUUAGUUGAUCCUUGGCUAAUUAUUUGUGAUGUCAGCGGAUUUAAAUAAAAAUCUCCAAAAAUUUCUGACAUAAUUCUUGACAUUUUCCUGGAGAUGUCCCUGGAAAAAACAUAUCAAAGAAUUCUACGAAAAAUUUGUGCUUAAUCUGCGCGGCGUGUGAGGUGAGACGAAUCGAAUGAGGUGACAAUUUUCUCCUCGCUCCCAUUUGAUUAACAUUAGUUGGCUCACGUCACGUCGAGGUGAGAGCGACGCGUCUCGACUCACACGCUGCGUAGAAUGAGCACAAUUAAACAAAAAUCUGAAGAAAUCUUAGGAGUAAUCUCUGGAGUAUUUCCUAAUGGUAUUCUUAGAUAAAUUCUGAUUGAAGUCAAAGAAAUCUUGAAUAACAAUAUUGUAAGAAAUCCUUCGAAAAAAUACCGUUUAAAUUCCAGAAGAUGUUCUACACGAGAAUCUUGGCGGGAAUUCCAGAGAAAACAAGGGUAGGAAUUUCUUAAAGAAUCUCUGAUGUAACUAGCCUUGGAAAAAUAUUCUUAGGGCUGAUUUCUUCACCUUCGCUUAAGCCGUAAACCACGUUUACCUAUAUGAUUAAACUAGGUUUAAGGCCUAAACGAGGGUGAAGAAAUUGGCCCUUAGAGAAAUGUUUUGUAAGAUUCUCUGAAAAAUAAACAUCUUAUUCCCUUGUUCCUUUUUUUUUUCUUGGUACCUAUUUGAUCCUCUUUUGGUUUCUAUUAAGUCUGUUUUUCAAGCAAGAGGUCACUAUAGUUUCUAUUUUCAAGAAACUUAGUUAAUAUCAGUCCUGCUUUAUUUGAAAGUCUGGGAUUUGUUGGAAUACUCUUGACUCUACGGGGUUUCUAAUUCACUCUUGUUAGAUUCUGUUUUUUUUUUUUUAACAAUAAGGCGCAAUCUCGGCCGGAUUUCUGGCAGAAUCCUUAGUUGAUCCUUGGCUAAGAGAUCGCAGUAGGCGUUGCCGCGAACGGUCGUGUUUUGUUUUGCUUGCCACACUUUUUUCGUGCUCUAGUUUUUCGCGAUUUUGCCGAUGAUUUGGUUGGUGCUACGCCAUCCGGAUUGUAGUUCGGAUGUUAAUAUUGAAAAAACCUCGAUAUCUAAUAGUGAAAAGAAAAAAAACCAGCGCGUUCCGUGCGAUCAAAGACUUCUUUAAUGUGAUGUUUUAUGACCGGUUCUAAUUGGCUUUGCUAAUGAAUUUCCACGUGAUUUUGUUGUUGUUGCUGUGUUUGUAUUUUGACUGACAAGCCACCAGAUUUUUUUGACAAUGAAAAAAAAAACAUUAUUGUAAUAAUUGUGAAAAAUGCGUGAAAGAAGAAGUAAAAAAUGUGGUCUAGAAAUGACAAGUGGUAUGUGCGUCACAAGAAGAAUAAAAUGCAUACCAAAUUAGUUACAGAUUUGAUGUGAUGACAACGCCGCCUUGGAUGAAUUUUGGUGAGAUUGUUCUGAUUAUAUAAUUAUCUGUAAUUGAACAGUAAAUACGCGCCAGUUCCAAAGUAACCAUCUUUGAAACAGGAAGUAUGUAUGCAUUAUCAUUAUCCAUUUGAUAACGGUAAUGUAUACAUGCGGGGCUUGUUGUUAGUGAAAGUGACUUCUGAAUGGACGUGUCUCUCCAGCCAUUCUGAAAUGGGUCACCGGAUCUGCAAUAGAGCUAUCACCUUCUAACUCCCGGACUGAAGCUUUUUGCAAAAAUGCAGUACCAAAGCAGUUUUGCUGAAAACUUUUUUCCAUAAUACCACUGCCGGACAGUGGGGGUUAGAUGGAUCACACACACACACACACACACAAUCCUUAGUUGAUCCUUGGCUAAUUAUUUGUGAUGUCAGCGGAUUUAAAUAAAAAUCUCCAAAAAUUUCUGACAUAAUUCUUGACAUUUUCCUGGAGAUGUCCCU